CACGUGACAAGAAAAUGGUGGAGGAUCUGUAUUCCUAGUAAACUGCUAUAAAAAGAGGGAUGCUGAAGUGCUGCAGUAUAGCGUCUUCAUUUAUUUCUCAGUAGAAAGGCCUCGUCAAGUCUUUAGAAGGUUGGUACAAGAGAAUGUGGGAAUGGACAUCCCCAUUGCUGAGUGUGUAUUAAGCCCCAGUUCCACAGAGAUGAGACCUGAACCUCCCAAUUCUCUUGACCUUAACGGCUCCCAUCCCAGAAGGAUAAAACUCACUGCUCCAAAUAUCAAUCUCUCUUUGGACCAGAGUGAAGGGUCUGUAUUUUCCGAUGAUAAUUUGGAUACACCAGAUGAAAUUGACAUCAGUGUAGAUGACCUUGACACUCCUGAUGAAGCAGACUCUUUUGACUACACUGGACAAGAAGAGCAGACUGCUACUAAGGAUGCUUCUCAGGAGGAGUCUGAAUCAAUUCCAGAGUACACUGCUGAAGAGGAGCGAGAGGACAACAGGUUAUGGAGAACAGUGGUUAUUGGAGAACAAGAACAAAGAAUUGAUAUGAAAGUCAUUGAACCUUACAAAAAGGUCAUUUCACAUGGAGGAUACUAUGGUGACGGUCUGAAUGCUAUCAUUGUGUUUGCGGCAUGCUUCUUGCCGGACAGCAGUCGAACUGAUUACAACUAUGUCAUGGAAAAUCUUUUCCUAUAUGUAAUCAGUACAUUGGAGCUGAUGGUAGCUGAAGACUAUAUGAUUGUCUACUUGAAUGGAGCAACACCAAGAAGGAGGAUGCCUGGACUGGGUUGGAUGAAAAAAUGUUACCAGAUGAUUGACCGACGAUUACGGAAGAAUUUGAAAUCAUUUAUAAUUGUUCAUCCAUCAUGGUUCAUCAGGACAAUUCUGGCUGUGACACGGCCUUUUAUAAGCUCUAAGUUCAGCAGUAAGAUACAGUAUGUCAACACAUUGGCAGAGCUUUGUGAGAUUAUUCCAAUGGAGUAUGUGCACAUCCCUGACAGUAUUGUCAAACUGGAUGAAGAACUGAGGGAAACUUCAGAAACAGCUAAAACUAGCUGCCUCUCAAAUGAUCCAGAAAUUACUUCAGUGGAGCAGGA